AAAAAACAGCCUUCCUCAUUUCUUAAUUCCGGGAAGUUGCUCUGCGACUCAUUUCUUCUACUUUGGGCUCGCGGCGAAGCUCUAGAGAGGGAAGAGGAUGACGGUGAGCGUAGAGGGAGAAAAGGUGAUGCUGGUUCCGUACAUGAGAGAUCACGUUCUGAAGUACCAUCUUUGGAUGCAAAAUUAUUCUCUCCUCCAAGCUACUGGUUCAGAGCCCUUAACCCUAGACGAGGAAUACCAUAUGCAACUCUCUUGGACCCAAGAUCCCCUUAAACAUACUUUCAUAGUGCUGGAUAAGGAUCUGAUUGUUGGAGACUUCCUUCAUGGAGACCCUCAUGUUGAAGCCAUGGUUGGCGAUGUGAAUAUAUACAUGAAUGACCUGGACGAUUCCCGUAUUGCUGAGAUUGAAAUAAUGAUAGCUGAGCAAAAUAGUCGUCGCAAAGGGCUUGCUAAAGAGACGGUUCUUUUGAUGAUGGCAUUUGCUGUGAAGAAUUUUGGGAUCUAUAAAUUCCGAGCUAAAAUUAAAGAGUCGAAUGAAGCUUCUCGUAGUCUAUUCCAGAAAUUGGGAUUUGCGCAAACAUCUUAUAGUGAAAUCUUCAAUGAGGUAACACUGGAAUUACCAAUAACGGAUGCAAAGUGUGAGGAGCUUCAUCAACUGAUUGGUAAAAUGGUUACACAUUCAUAGCAGUAUUGGCAUGCUUACCCAACUAUAGUUUUGUGACCCAAAUUGAUCGGACAAGACCGAUGACCAAAAUUCUGUAAAUUUCUCUACCAGUGAUAGCAUUUAAAAAGAGUGGCCAAAGUUCUCUAAAUUCAUGAACUUGGGUAUUGUGAAACAAAGUACAUCUUUUUGGGACAGAUGGAGGGGUAUAGUUUGAGCUAUUUGUAGCUAUUGGUUUUUUGUUGUCAAAGCAACUAUUGCAAAAUUUAAGAUUUUGAAUAUGUUUGGCCUUUGAACUAUUAACGCCAUCACUAUAUUAAAUUUACGGUGGCUAU